AUGCUCAGCAUCCCUAACCGGAUUUGGGGAUUUGCACGGGGUGGGAACAGAGGCAGAAAUCCCCUCGUGGGAUUGGAUCUCCGUGCAGGAGUGAUGGCUCCUCAGCACCUCCCCAGCAGAUUGGGCAGGAAUGGAGCGCCCUGCACUUGGCACCUCCUGGAAGAGUGUGCCAGGGAUGUGUGGGAGUGCUGGAGCCUUGUCACAGGGCUCACUUCCAUUGUCUGCACACUGCCUGCUGCAAUUGUCACUGCUGCUUAUUAUGUGAGCAAGGACCUAAUUAUGAUUUCACAAUUUGUUUACUGUAUGCUCAGGAGUCAGAAGGUAACAAAAUGCAGCCCCAGCCUGAGGAAUUUGGGCACAGCCUGGAUUGUGGGGUGUGGAGCUCUGAGUGUCACUGCCCUCUGUCAGCUGCUCCUCAGGAACCAGCAGCACAACCCAAACUCUCCUGAUCUGAUUGAAAUGCCAGGUUUCAUUUGUGUGUGUGUCCUGGGCAGCAGAUUCCCCCAGCUCCAUAAAAACAUUUGUGUUUGGUUCCAGAGAGGAUGCACAGAAGGAGCCUUUUACCUUCUCUUUGCCUUGGUCAUGAUGGGAAACUGCACCUGUGGACUGAGCCUUGUUCUAAAGAUGCCAAAACCUGAAUCCUCCUGGGUGCUCUGCUUUGUUCACCUCCUUCCCUGGCUCAUUGGGAGCUUUGGAGUUUUGUUCCUUGACAUUUUUUUAUCAUCUUCCUGUUACAGCUAA